AUGCCAUCGCCACGCUCUCUAACUGCCUUCGUCCCCCGCACUGGGAACAAGAAGCUCUCAGAUGAACAGCGGCAUUGCAUCUAUGAAACGCUUCUGGAAAGAAGCGAAGGCGGAGACCUGCCUCAUGGAUGCAUCACUCGUACUGCCCGACUCUUCAACUGCUCGAGCCAGACGAUUUCGAACGUGUGGGCUCGAGGACGCAGCUCACUCCGCGAAGGCAGUGCGACGGCCGCCGUGUCGGCAAAAUACAAGGGCAAUACCAAUCGAAAGGUUCAACAUACUGACGAAGAAAUAGAAAGCUUGAUUCGGGCCGUACCAUUGUACGAACGGCAAACUUUGCGCACACUUGCUGCCAAAUCAGGACUGUCCAAGUCAACGAUCAUUCGCCACAUGCAACGGGCGAAGACGUUGAAGUUGAAGUCAAGUUAUUCAAAGCCUCUCUUGACGGAAGCCAACACGAAGACCCGCAUGGAACAUGCGCUAUCAUUUCUACGCCCGUCGUCAAAGGGAACCAUUUUCGACAACAU